GCCUCUCCUCGACAUUCCUCCUCAAUUGAAUUGACACCACAUUUCUAGGGCCAUUAGAAACUGUCAACCCGUACUUUGUUCAUUCAGUGCCCCCAUAUUGUCCAGCGAAUCAGCAAUUUCCGUGGUAAAAUAGCAUUACUAGAUCGCAUCUACUGUAGGCUUAUACCUUAUCUGUGCCGAAGCCUCCAGAUAGCGACUCACAACAGCUUCGAAGCGCCCUCGGACCACCCACCCAUACACUACGUACAGCAACCGUCACAAUGGUUACUGGAGCAAGGAGGCCACCUUCUCGAAAGGGCUCGAUGGCGGAUAUGCCCCGGGAUCUCAAGGAGCAGAUUGAGAAACUCGAAGAACUCUUUGUUGUUCCCACUAAGAAGCUGAAGGAGAUCACCGAUCACUUCGUCAAGGAGCUCGAGAAGGGCCUAACGAAGGAGGGAGGCUCAAUUCCUAUGAACCCGACAUGGUGUAUGGCAUUCCCCAACGGCCACGAGACCGGCCGAUACCUCGCUCUCGACAUGGGAGGCACGAACUUGCGUGUAUGCGAGGUCACAUUGACCGAGGAGAAGGGCGAGUUCGAGAUCAUCCAGUCCAAGUACCGUAUGCCUGAGGAACUCAAGACUGGAACCGCAGAUGAGCUCUGGGGAUACGUUGCCGACUGUCUGCAGCAGUUCGUCGAGUAUCACCACGAGGACGAGGAGCUUGAGGACUUGCCUCUGGGUUUCACCUUCUCCUACCCCGCGACACAGGAGUACAUCGAUCACGGUGUUCUCCAGAGGUGGACAAAGGGCUUCGACAUCGACGGCGUUGAGGGUCACGACGUCGUUCCGCCUUUCAACAAGGCUUUGGCCGAGCGUGGCGUACCUAUCAAGCUGGCAGCUUUGGUCAACGACACCACUGGUACUAUGAUCGCCUCCGCAUAUACUGAUACCGAUAUCAAGAUUGGAUGUAUCUUCGGAACAGGCUGCAAUGCUGCAUACAUGGAGGAGUGCGGCGCCAUCCCCAAGAUUGCAGACAUGGGUCUCGACCCCAAGCUACCUAUGGCUAUCAACUGCGAAUGGGGCGCGUUCGACAACGAGCACCAGGUGCUCCCCCGUACACAAUACGAUGUCAUCAUCGACAAAGAGUCACCUCGUCCUGGUCAGCAGUCUUUCGAGAAGAUGGUCGCUGGUCUAUACUUGGGUGAGAUCUUCCGCCUGGUCCUCUUGGAUCUCCACAAGGGCCACGAGUGCACCAUGUUCGAGGGUCAAGAUGUCAGCAAGCUCGAGAGGCCGUACUCUCUGGAUGCAGGCUUUCUCUCCGCUAUCGAGGAGGACCCAUUCGAGAACUUGCUUGAGACAGGCGAUCUCUUCCAGAACAAGCUCAGCAUCACAUGCACAAAGCCUGAGCUCGAACUUAUUCGCCGUCUCGCUGAGCUGAUUGGCACCCGUGCUGCUCGUCUGACAGCCUGCGGUGUUGCAGCCAUCUGCAAGCACAAGAACUGGGACCGUACUCACGUCGGUGCUGAUGGCUCUGUUUUCACCAAGUACCCUCACUUCAAGAUCCGCAACGCACAAGCGCUCAAGGAGAUCAUGGACUGGCCAGCCAAGUACGGCAAGGGCAAGAACGACCCCAUCGAGAUCCUCCCUGCCGAAGACGGUUCCGGUGUUGGUGCAGCUCUGAUCGCUGCGCUUACCAUCAAGCGCGUGAAGGAGGGCCAGCUUGCGGGUAUCCAGGACCGCGACGCUAUGUUGAAGAUCGCUGGCGCGAAGGCAAGAGCUACAUAAGCCACGCAGCGUUUGAACUGUCCCAUAUCGAAAACCUAGAAGCGAAUAUAUCCACUGUGCCGAA